AUGGCGAGGAUGUUAAGCAUGUUGGAUGGCAACGACCGUGGAAGCAGUUCUAUGUCUUCUCCAUUCUCGGGAAUACCUUCCAUGCUUUUCGUGGCUGCCGCUAUGAUCUCUAUCAUGGCUAUUGUCAUCUUAAAUUGUGGCCAGCGCCGCAAGAAGCCUAAGCCCAGUAACAAUGUUGUGUAUUAUGGUAGCGGUGGUGUUCCAAGAUCAGGAGGCACCAGCAGUGGUGUUGCAACAAAGAGUAGUGCAGGAGUUGGGCUUGCUGUUGGUGUUGGUGCUGGUGUUGGCAUCGCUGCUGCUGUCAUAGCCACUGAUGGAAUCGCUAGUGCUGUUGAUAGUGUUGGUGGCGGCGGCAAUGGUGAUGGUGGUGCUAGUGGUGGAGGUUGUGGUGGUGGUGGUUGUGGAGCCAUGCAGCAGAGGGUGCGGAUGUCGAGUACCGACAUUCGUCAGCACGUUGUCAAGAGGAGGGCAGCAUCUGAAGCCGGGCCUUCACGACCGUCGAAGAGGCAUCGGGCAUCAGCUUCAGUCGGUGCUUCUGCAUCGGUAGUGGAACCUGAUGCCCCAUCGACAUCGGUUCCUAAACCUGUUCUGGCAUUGUCGGCUCCGAUAGUGCUCUCUGCUGCACCGUCGGAGGAGAGGACGGCAAGGGGGCUAUUGAAACAACAUCGGUAG